AUGUAUGAUGUUCUCAAGAAGAUCCACUGGUCUCCACAACAAAGAAUUGUCCCAACCAUAGAAACAAUCGCUAUUGAAAAUGAUGCACCAUGGCGACCAUUAAGUAAGAUUUUUGAGGGACUUUUCUUGACGUGUGAGGAAACCAUAUGCAAUCGUUGUUUUGCACAAAGAAGUGGGAUUUCUCUUAUUUUAACAUUAAAUGGAAGCGAUUAUGUCGCCCCGUAUAGAGUGUAUGAGUAUUCUUAUGAUACACAAUGCUGCGUUUAUACCAAAUUGCCGUCGUUUUCUGAAUUUCUAACUAGUCUUGAUCAUUACACGAGCCAAGAAACGCCCGAGGAGGUUCAAUUACGGAAGGUUUUUAUCCGCUCAGUUCCUGCUGAAGAUAGUGCAGCGUAUGAUAUUAGCCGUCACUUUUCUGAAUUAUGUACACUUAUAGAGCUAGUGAUGGUAAAUCGAAAAAAUCUUCAAAAAUCUUGUCUACCUUUACAUUCUUUGGGGGUUCAUUGCCUUGUGGGUGCGAGUCGUUCUGUUGCAGUGGUUGCAGCCUAUAUCAUGAAGCGAAGUGGGUGCUCUAAGGAUGAGGCACUCUUAAUCGUGAAAAACGCCCGUCCCGUAGCAAAUCCAAAUCCUGGGUUUCAUGCUCAGCUUUUAUAUUGGGAAAAAGCGGGAUAUUAUCGGGUAGUAGAUAGCUUGACUGCUUCUCUUACUGCCAAUGAAUUACGCCACAAAAGUAUGCUGAAAACAUAUAUGGAAAAAUAUUUUCCCCUAGUUCUCCGUGCUAACAAGUUGGGGUGCGAUAGGGAGUUUUUUCGCCCUUGUUAUAGCGGAAGCAUGUCUCGGUGA